UUAAACAAUCGACAAACGGCCACACUCGAUGAAGAAAAAUCCAAGCCAGUUGAAAAAAUUGUAAACAAUCUUUAAAAACCCCAAAAAAGAUGGUUAAAAACGAGCCAAACUUCGUGGUAGAGCGCAUCAUGGACAAGCGCAUCACCAGCGACGGUAAGGUGGAGUACUUCAUCAAAUGGCGCGGCUACACGUCGGCGGACAAUACCUGGGAGCCUGAGGAGAACUGCGAAUGUCCAAAUCUAAUCCAGAAAUUCGAGGAGUCCCGGGCCAAGUCCAAAAAGCGUGGCGAAAAGAAGCCCAAGUGCGAGGAAAUCCAGAAGCUGCGUGGCUACGAGCGCGGCCUGGAGCUGGCAGAGAUUGUGGGCGCCACGGAUGUCACGGGGGACAUCAAGUACCUGGUGCGCUGGCAGUUCUGCGACGAGUUCGACCUGGUGCCCAGCAGUGAGUUGUCUGAGAAGGAUCCGCAGAUGCUGAUAGCUUACUACCAGAAAAUGGCUCCGUACACCCGCCACAUCGCGCGCCGAAUGAAGGGGGUGCCGGAAGAGCUGCGAUCGGUGGCCUCGCGCACCAGCUAUCCGCACAUCAGCAGUGCUCCCGUUGAGGUUCACCCGGAGGUGGAUCAGGCUGCGGAUUUGGUGGGACAUCAUCUCGCUGGCAUGCCCCAGGUUGACCAGGUGCCCCAGCAUCCUAUGGAUUUGGCCGAUGGCCCCGACGACUUGGCCGGCGUUUCCUAUUCGAUUCCGGUGGCUGGCGUUGGCGACAUUGGCAUCGAUGUGCCCAUGGCGGAGGAUCAAUAAGAACGCCAGCAGAUUCAAUCCACUCAAUGUUUAAUCUUAGUCCUUAAGUUAACCCAUAUGUAAAGCUAUCUGAAACCGAUGGGCUCGUCCAGAUUGAUGCGACCUAACUGUCCGCUCCGAAAGAAGUGGAUAAACUUUCGCGCGGCCGCCAAUAAAUUUGUCAUCACUUCCA